AUAACAGAUUUAUGGAAGGAUGGGCGCUCGUUAAAAUCCCAAAGCAAAAUACGGCCUUUCUUUGUAGUUUCCAUUUUUCAACUGUAGAUACUGAAGGGAGCAAAAUUGGAAGCAGUAGCAACGCCAUGGAAGCAGCUUCUCCUCAACGCACUGGACUCCAAUUCUCACCUCAAGCAUUCUACCUUCUUCUAGCUCGCGACACUCGGAUCGAACGGAAGGCCUUCGAAUCGCACCGUCGCUGUCCAGUGAUCGUACUGUUCUUCAUUCUCUUUCUGUUCGUACGUGAGUUUGUUGGAAGAGUUGAAUGUGUUUUUGGUUGAAUUUUACAGAGGAUUUCAAGAGAACAGUGACAAUAUCCAAAUUAACACCGAUACUAGAAGUCGCAAGGUUCAUUUUAUUAUAUCGUCAAGUUUCUCUAUUCCAAGUGUUUCGCUUAUGAUCAAGAAAUUUUUUUUUUUUUUUAUGUGUCGUUGGAAUUCGGUUUGUUUGGUUGUCAAUUCCAAGUAUUGUUCUUUUGGACAUGUCUUCAAUUAUUAUUUAUUUAUUAUUGUUAUUUUUUUGUUCUGUUGGUUAAUUUUGUUGAAACAGCUUCAUUAUUCACUGUUUUAGCAUUUUGGUUUGUUGGAAAUUGGAUUGAUUUUUUUUCAAAAAAAAAAAAUAUAUGCAGAUAGAAGAGCUGAAAAAAUGCCCCUCUGCCGAGUAUCUGCUGUUACAGAUAUGUUGGUAUUUUACUGAAUCUUGGGAGCAAUUCCGGAUCGCUGGAAGAACUGAUAUUAUUGAUGGCUCAAAUCCUGAUUGUGUGAAAAUUCAGCAAAGAGAGAAAGCCUGGUUUUCUACUUCUGUUAAAUCACAACUGCAAUAUCUGGGGCCCAAUCCAGGUCUUCCCUUUCUAAGUGAGCAACCAAUUCAGGAUCUUUCUAUAGAUUCCUCUACAGGCCCAGUCAAUGCCUUAUGCCUGCUGGUUCUAGAUCCAGAUCAGGUUUGAUUAUUUGAAUUGGAAGAGUAACCAAAGGGUAGAGUUUGCAUCCAGAUUAGAUGCAACUGGGGCAAAAUGCUGGGCUUCUGAGAGAAUCAACUCAUAACCUGUACUUUUUGCCUCCUAAAACCGUCAUGUGAGCCUGUGAGUUGUGCCCUUGUGACCAUUUAAUGGAGCCUUUGUGAUUCAUUACGAACCCAUCAAUGCCUUGCAUAAACUCUUUGUUUCACUCCUAGAAUUGAAGGGCUCAAAUAUAUGGCAAAAAGGUUAGUUAUUUUCUUUUCCCCUCUUUUUCUGGUAAGGGCAAGAUAUGGACAGUGCAGUCAGAUUCAUGAUAAAUUCAUAGAGAAAAUAAUGAAAACUGCUAAUUAUUGUGCAUACGUCUCUGAAGUCAUUUGUGUCUGCAUAGUCAUCGCAAUAUCUUUGAUCUGACAUUUUAUGGAGAUGUAUAAUGUUUUGCACUCAUGAAAGCCUCCCAUACAAGGCAUGUUGCUAAAGUGAGCAUCCAAUUCCCAUGUUCAAGAUACUGGGACAGUGAAAGGGACCCAUACCUUUCCCAACUAAAACUGUGGAAUAUUCAUUUGAGCAAGAGGCUAUUCUAUGGAAGGAAUAUGAUAGUCACCUACUCUUUCCAUUGGCUUUCCUAUUUUUCUUUUUGUAUUUAUGGAUCUCCAUCUACCACAAACUUACAUGUUCUUUUGAGGUAGUUGCACCAGUCUAGGCCAUGUAAGGAUUCCCAUUUUUUUUAACUAUACUUCUCUAGAGUAGAGAUAAGUUGGGCUGUUAGCUGCGCAUGCCUGCCAACUGAGGCAGGACAGCCUUUCCUUGCGAAAGCUUUCCACAAUCUCUAAUCACCUUGUGUAGAAGGAGAUGAAUCUAGAUUAGGAUUAAAGUUGGCCGUAGAAU